UCCGUUCGGUUCACACAGGAAGCGCUUACCGACAACCGCGACGGUUAUGAGUGAGUAGAAGUGAAGAAGAUUCAGAUUAUAGAAUAGAAAUAGUCUAAUGAUUAAAACAUUAACCUGUCAAAUCUCUCAGAUAAGCGUUAUAUCGGCACUGGAGCGUCACCGCGUCUGGUUUUUUAUUGAAUAUUCAUGAGCUGACGGGACGGUAUCAAUGAGCUCCACUCAGUCCUCCUGAUCCAGUGGCCUGUGUGACCGAAGCAUCAUGACGCUGGCUCCUAAAGAGCUGUCGAACCUGCUGGGCAUCAUGUCGGAGGACGCCUGCAGCAACAGCUUCGAGCAGUUGUCCACCGCCUUCCACCACUGCUUCGGUAAAGCCGAGCACUUCCGUGUGGGUUCGGUUCUGGUGAUGUUGCUGCAGCAGCCCGACCUGCUGCCCAGCGCCCCGCAGAGGCUCACGGCGCUGUACCUGCUGUGGGAGAUGUACCGCACCGAGCCGCUGGCCGCUAACCCCUUCGCCGCGGUGUUCGCGCACCUGCUAAACCCAUCGCCCGCAGGAGAGGAGCAGGAGAAACCGCUCUCAGGUUUUCUUCCUCCCAUCACACUGCCGGAGAAGUUCUUCCUCUCGCAGCUGAUGCUCGCGCCGCCGCGAGAUCUCUUCAAGAAGACGCCGAGACAGGUGUCCUCCAUGGACGUGAGCGCCACGCCACAGACCAUCGACAUCAGCGGACUCCAGCUCGCACUCGCUGAGCGUCAGUCGGAGCUGCCCACUCAGAGUAAGGCCAGUUUUCCCAGCCUGCUUAGCGACCCGGAUCCAGACUCCUCCAACUCGGGCUUCGACAGCUCCGUGGCCAAUCAGAUCACAGAGUCUCUGGUGACUGGACCUCGUCCUCCUCUGGAGAGCCACUUUCGUCCCGAGUUCAUCCGGCCUGCUCCGCCUCUUCUGGUGUGUGAGGAUGAGCUGUCCUGGCUCAACCCGUGUGAACCGGAUCAUCGGAUUCAGUGGGAUCGGUCCAUGUGUGUGCGGAACGGCACAGGAGUGGAGAUCAAGCGCAUCAUGGCCAAAGCCUUCAAGAGUCCAUUAUCAGCGGCACAGCAGACGCAGCUGCUUGGUGAACUGGAGAAGGAUCCUAAGCUGGUUUACCAUAUUGGACUGACACCAGCCAAACUACCGGACCUGGUUGAGAACAACCCACUAGUGGCCAUUGAGAUGCUCCUGAAGCUCAUGUCAUCCAACCAGAUCACGGAGUAUUUCUCUGUCCUGGUCAACAUGGACAUGUCACUGCACUCCAUGGAGGUGGUCAACAGGUUGACGACAGCAGUAGAUCUUCCUCCUGAGUUCAUCCAUCUCUACAUCUCCAACUGCAUCUCCACAUGCGAGCAGAUCAAAGACAAAUACAUGCAGAACCGUCUGGUGCGUCUGGUGUGUGUCUUCCUCCAGUCCCUCAUCAGGAAUAAGAUCAUCAAUGUUCAGGAUCUGUUCAUCGAGGUCCAGGCGUUCUGCAUCGAGUUCAGUCGUAUCCGUGAGGCCGCGGGCCUGUUUCGCCUCCUCAAGACCCUCGAUAACGGAGAGAUGCCCGCCGAGGGCAAGAUGGCCAAAUGAUGACGAGCGCAUGAACUCCAGGACUAAAGCUGAGUCUCUCUAUGAAAGCCUUUCAGUUCACAGCGUAUGGACUUCCUCGUGUUUUCUGUUCCCACAUGUACAACACAUUCAACCUUUCUUUUGAUCCUGAUGCCUUUUUUUUUUUUUUUUUGUCC